AGCAAGCAUCAGGACCAGUCUGGAGUUCAGCAGCAGCCCCGCCACUCACUCUGCGCUCACUGGCUCUCCUUUCCCCGUUUUAAAGAAAGCAAACACAUGUGAGUUUCUGCUGCUCUUACUACAGAAACACGGAGCGGAUAACUUGAGUGAGGAAACGCAGGUAAAGGGAAUCUAAGCUUUUUUUUUACAGAGAGGAAAGAAAAGGGGAAAGGAAAUCCCCUCCUUUUUUACCACGACCACCUUUUUCCCUCUUUCUCGGACUUCUCUUAACAAGUUUCUCACACAAAGAGGGAUGCUGCAUGUUCCCGAGCCGCACUUGCACUCAGAGGGAACCUAAAAAAAAGUGCACCAGAGCGGAAUUACACACUGCAAGCGCAACAAAGCGGACACUUUUAUUGACUGGAGGAUCAGCGCGCUUCAUAAAAUGAUCCCAAUCGGCGGCGCGAUAACAUGUCGCAUCCCGUCUGAUGAUUGACACAUUUGAGGAUCGACUUAAAGAAAAAACUGGAGGAGGACAUUAGAAAGUCAGAGAAUUCGUCCUGAGCCACAUCUGCUGGCAUCUUCUUUUUUUUUCUUCUGGAGUCCGGACAACAGAUCACCGUCCAGAUGCAGUUUCGACUCUUCUCAUUUGCGCUGAUCGUAUUGAACUGUAUGGAGUACAGCAACUGUCAGGCGCCGUCGCACCGUUGGAAGAGAAACAAAAGAGCUAGCUAUGGAACGUACCCCAUCUGUAAAGGCUGCUCCGUGUGCUCCAGGGACAACGGCUGUGUAAACUGCCAGCCCAAACUCUUCCUGUUUUUGCGAAGAGAGAGAAUGAGGCAGUACGGGGAGUGUCUUCACGACUGCCCAGCCGGAUACUAUGGCAUGCGCAGCCCCGAACUCAACAUGUGCUCCAGGUGCAGGAUAGAGAACUGCGAGUCCUGCUUCAACAAAGACUUCUGCACCAAGUGCAAGUCAGGCUUUUACCUACACAAAGGGCGCUGCUUUGAGAAGUGCCCCGAGGGCUUUGCCCCGCUGGAGGAAACCAUGGAGUGUGGAGAAGGCUGCGAGGUGGGCCAGUGGAGCGAAUGGGGAGCCUGCACCAGGAGAAACAAAACCUGUGGCUAUAAGUGGGGUCUGGAGACCCGGACGCGGCACAUUGUAAAGAAACCACCCAAGGACACGAUACCCUGUCCCACCAUCGCUGAGUCCAGGAUGUGCAAAAUGGCCCUGAGGCACUGCAGGAGAGGCUCAGGGAAGCAGCGAUCCAAAGAACCAAAGAAGAAGAACAAGCAGAGGCUGCGGUUUCGGGCCCAGAACCAGCACAGCGACCACUUGGCCUCUUCGCGCCCCAGCCAGUGAGGUCUUGUACUACGGACUUCCCAUUGAACAAAGAAAAACCAACGCAAAGCUGCUGCACCCAUAUUCUGACAGACGACUAUCCACCGCCUCAUC